AUGUUUUCGGUCGGAGAUACACUGGAGAAAGCAGUGAAUGCUCAUCGCUUGUUGGUACACCAACCGAUACUGGAAGAUCGUUCACAUUUGGAGCAUCACAUCGGAGAUGACCGCAAGACGUCUGUAUCACAGAAUCUCUCGGAAAUUAUGCUUGAGGCCAUUCAUUAUGAGGAUGUGAGUCUGCUCGAACGAUUACUUGCUGCACAUAACUCCAAACAACCCAUGUCUACUUCGCCAAGCAUUGGGAGCACAAACACUCUGACAGAGUUGGCUCAAAGACGUCAUGGUGCCAGCAAUGUCCAUAGGCGAUCGAAUGCAAGCAGUACUGUAUCGGCACAUUCUAGUGGGCGAUCAACAUGUGCGGUGAUGAAUACUCUACAUAUGGCUGUAGCACACAAACAAAGGGAUAUCGUUGAGUUGCUUCUGCGAUCUGGCUAUGAUCCAAAUUCUCCAGCAAGCUGUCACUGUAAAGGAAACUGUACAGCAACUGGCAACAUUCCUCUUUCAUCUAUUAUACCACGUACCCAAUCAAUGACACCAGAGUUAUGUUCGACUUGUCUACAGCUAAGAGUUGCUUCCAUAGUCGACCAAACUCCUCUUGGUGUAGCUGUACGAGCACAGAGUAGCGAACUGAUUGCUCUUCUAGUAGCCUAUGGAGCUGACGUAAAUUUAGGUGAUGAUGACGGUAAUACCCCAUUGAUGUUAGCUGUUCGGGACUCGCCAAUAUGUUGGCCGUGUCUUCACACUUUGAUCUUUUUUGGUGCACAAGUUGAACAAAAAAACAUAAGAGGCAUUUGCCCGCUCGAUCUAGCACCAGAGUUGAAAAAACUGCAACAUACUUGCAUCGAAGAGCUAUUUAAAAGUGCUUGUGCUGGAUGGGAGAAUGAUAGCUCGUCUAAGCCAACUCUUGCCCCUCUUUUCAAGAAUUGGAAUCAGCUCCAAGUGGAUAAUGUUUCACAAGGCGAGAAAUCGCUGAACAAAAUGCCACUCUCGUCAAAACCAUCGGCCGCACCUUCAGUGUCAACUUGUAGCAUGCUUGAUACCAAUUCCGCUAAAGAGUCUGCUCGUCGAAAAAGUCUCAUCAGUCUGCAUUUGCACAAAAAGACCAAGUCGGCCAAGGAAUAUCCGGCUGUGGAUUCAUUUACAUGGGAGCAAGCAUGGGAACUUUUGAAGAGAAUGGCUUGCAAUCCAGAGUGUUUGGACAUGCUCGUGACCACGCUAAUGAAGUUUUCUCCACAAAUGGAAAGUGUUCCGCAAAAUGUCAAUCGCGAAUCGUUUGAUGCUCACUUAGACUGCAAUCGAGGAAUACGAAUCAUCUACACCAUCAUACAAGAAACAAAAGAAAAUGCGAAUUAUAUGGUUAUUCAGCCAAAUGACGACUUUCUGCUAUACUUUCAUCAACAAAAGCGGGACGAGCAGGCUAUUCUCUGCUCUUAA